AUGGACUCAGACCACCCAAGACCAGAGAACAAUAUUUCCACACAACGACGGAAGAGGGCAAAAUAUACCGCUGUCGCUUGGGUGGAUACUCGGUUUGACACUGUUCAUCACCAGAUCGAGACACUACGGAAGGAAGUUGAGGUUCUUUCCGCACGGUUGCGUAAAGUGGAAAAGGUCACCCCUGUCUCUUCGCCUAAGGCAGUGACAUCUUCAGCCGGUGCAGGGCUACACCGAAUUUUGAAUGCGCCAAACUCGCCUUCCUACAUCGGACCCACUAGCGCUGAAUUUGGUCUGAGUCAACCAUACAAACACCUGUCACACGAAUCAGACGUUGAGACCGAACUCGGGGUGGAUGAGGACGAUAGGGAUCUCAAUCAGUCGACAGCUGCUCAAAGCCUCCCUCCGGCGAGGAAAGUGGGUACGCUAGAAACUGAUGAUUCAUUAAGACAUCUAGGACUGGAGGAGGUUCUACGACUGCUGCAGGUGUACGAAGAUACAGUUGGAAUAAUGUAUCCUUGUGUCGAUCUGGCUAGCGUGCGCGCUUACAGUGCCGAAUUCUUUCACUCAACUACUUCUAGCAGUGGUCAAUCAGCUAGUGCUGUGCCCACAUUGUCUGAUCAGGACUGGUUUCAUGCACGAGACAUCCAGGUGCUAAGUAUUCUACUAGCAACGGCUCUUUUAGUCGAAUCUCACGGGCGGAGUGAGCUUGCAGCUCGCCUGGCAGAUAAUGUCGAGGACCGAUUUGCCAGCCGACUCAAAAUCGCUCAAGUGGAUAUGAAGGAAAUUCUUAUUCUCACCUUACUAUCCAUUUUUCACUCCUAUCGUGAUGAUGAAGUGAUUGCUUGGCGGCUCACGGGUAUGGCAGCCCGAGGAAGUAUGGAGCUUGGCCUACACUGCCAAGAAACAUGGGAAAAAGCCGGCGGGGUAUUCCCAGGCGCACUGGAAUUGAUGUGGGCCAGUCGGCUAUUCUGGUGCAUUUAUGUUUUGGACCGCAAGUGGUCAUUCGGAACCGGCCUACCAUUUGCUAUUCAGGACUCGGAUAUGGACACCAACUUACCAGAGCCCGGUCACUCCUCGCCUUAUCUUACUUGUAUGAUUUCUUAUGCUCGGCUAGGUACAAAAAUUUGGGGACUCGUUGUUGGAUGGCCGAAUCGGUCGCGAGAAGCGAUUUCAGAAGGAUGUGCGCUUCUAGAUGCGCAGGUGCAGCAAUGGGUACGAUCUAUCCCCCGCGAACUACGUUUCGACCCAAACUGGCGAUCGCCAGCAGGGUCGGAACAGACUGAUCGUGUCAUGAUGCUUCAAGUGUUACUGGCGCUCCAAGCCAAUCAGCUUCGAAUCCUCGUCUAUCGACAAAACCUUCUAAGCAGUGAGCGAAUUGCCGAGGAUCCCUCUGGAGCUUCUGUUGCCGUCGAGACUGCAAAAAGCACAAUCCAUAUGCUGGACUAUUUCAGUCGCGUUUCAAACAUAUACUUCCAGCGACCAGAGCCCUUCAAUUACUUCUUGAUAUCUGCUCUUGCUGCCUUGUUCUUGGCAGUGCUACAUGCUCCUGCGCGGUAUAGCCAUACUUGUCGACCGGAGUUUUAUUCUGCAAUCGAUAUGGUUCGUCGCUCGGCAACUAGGGCCCGCACCUCUCGGCGCCUUCAGAAGAUCAUUUACAGUCUGAAGCGAAUCCAACUAAAUGUGCGAUGGCGAAAUGAGCAGGGCGCACAAUCUCCAACAAAGCGCCAUAGAGCGCCAAAACGAAUUGCAGAUUCCCGGAGAAAUCCCGGGGUUCCUUCCAAGCCACCUUUACCACCGUCUCUUGCAGCAGGAAGUUUAUGGGGCGCAACUCCGCUAUCUUCGAGCACAGAAUCCCCACCCAAUCAAGGCAUGCCCGGUCUGUAUCAUCCAUCUGACAUCAAUACACCGCAGACAUCAUCUGGAAUAUCCUGGCCACGAUCACCUGGAACUGCCGUGGAAGCAGAAUCGAACGGUUGUGAAGAUUUGAGUAGUUUUUUUGAGAUUGCGGGUGGUCUUUAUUUCGACCCUGGCGCAGAUGCAGAGUUGACGACGGGUGUAGAUUUCGGAAUGUCUCACUUGGAAAAUGGACGGAUGUCUGGUGUUCUUGAUGCGUUUCAGGCUUCGGAUGAAGCGCUCACAAGGGUGAUGGCUGGCUUGCUGUGA